UGUUUUCUUGUAGACAGCAAAAAUUCAAAUAUCUCUCUCCUCUUCUCUCUGCCCGUCUAUGUCUAUAAGCAAGCCAACUCACCAAACUUCUGCAACUUAGCUUUUUCCUCCAUCUUUGUCCUUAUGUUUUUGCAACACUUGUUUAUAUAAUUUGCAUGAGUUGAUGAGUGUGAUCUCUCUCUCUCCAUCCCUAAAACUUUCCACAUUAUCAUACCAAUCCACACACAUUCCUUCAUUUCAGACCUCCAUUUUUCUCACUUGUUCAACCAAAAAAAAGCUAAAAGCUUGGACUUUUUAGCCUCAUUUCAGAAUCCCAAAUGUACCCGUUUCCCAAUUAUGGAUUCUGAAACAACCCAUUUUCUACCAAAAGCUGAAGCUUCUUCUCUCCCCUGUUUUUUGGUGUCUGAUUUUUGCUCUUCCAUGAAAGGAGAAGGAAACCAAGGUGGAAAGAAAAGAAGGCUCACAGUGGAUCAAGUUCGGUUGCUUGAGAAGAAUUUUAAUGAUGAGAUCAAGCUUGAACAUGAGAGGAAAGUUCAAAUUGCUGAGGAGAUUGGUUUGCGGCCUCGUCAAGUUGCAGUUUGGUUUCAGAAUCGAAGAGCUCGAUCCAAAACCAAAAGAAUUGAGAGUGAUUAUGAAUCUUUGAGUGUUGAAUAUGAUAAGCUUAAGAAUGAUUUUGACAGUCUUCUCAAGGUGAAUCAAGAACUGAAAGCAGAGGUUGAUCAACUAAGAGAUAAAUGGGCUGCUAGUGAGAAGAAGAAGAAUUCUUUUGAACCAGUUGAAGUUGAAGCCAUGGAUUCAUCAGUCACAGAACUUGGAAAAGCAAAUACAAAGACAAUGGCUGAAAUUUUGUACAAGGUGCAAUUAGGGUCAUACAGACAGGAAGAAGGUAGCCUAAGUUCAAGCAAAAGUGAUGGUUUUUAUUCUGAGAGCCCCACCAGGGAAAACCAAUCAAAGUCAGGCAAUUUCUUGCAAGAAGAAGAAGAUGAAUUAGGCUACUUAGGGAAACUAGAAGAUGAACUUUCUGCCAAUGAGCUCAUGGAUUCCUUUAAUAUUCUUAGUAAUGCAGUUGAAAAUCAAUCUCUCUGCUUCUGGUCUUAUUGAUAUGAAGUAUAAUUCUCAGUAAAAUGUUUUGGUGUACUGAUGAUUAGUAAUAAAUGAGUGCAAGUGAUGAAUAUCACUUCAUUUACUGUCA